AUGGCAAGUAUCGUGAAGGCUCAGGUUGAUGGCUUGGUCGUGGCCGGACAAUUCGAGCCUCCAGCUACGCUAGCACAUGACAUACAUGACUUUGAAGACAUGCUUGCGUCCUGGGAUUCACUUCUACGAAUCACAAAGUCCGAAGAACGCCCAUAUCAUCCCAUUAAAAUCCUCACUACCAUCACCAUCCAUCAUCAUCAUCAUCAUCGUCAUCAUCUCCAUCUCUCGUCAACAAUCGCAGAAAUGGUCUCUGCCUUCCUCUGCACUCUGUGCAACCAAGCUGGCACCAUCAAGGUCAGCGGAUCCACUGGCAACAUGAAGGUGCACCUGGGCAGUGCCGCUCGCGGCUGCCACAACAUGGGGCCUUGGGUCUGCCAGGUCGCCGGUUGCAACGAGCGCGCCGCCAGAGCCGACCGUAUCAACCAAAGCCAUGGCACUGGCAACGCUAUGCACAUCGCACAACUUGUGCACGAUCAGGGACUGGCCGCCAACAUCGCCGCCGAGACCGAGAGAUGUCGCCUCCUAUACAUCGCUGCGCAGACCGCGGGUAUUCUUCCUGCUCCUGCUCCUGCUCCUGCUCCUGCCCCUGCCCCUGCCCCGAUUCUCGCCCCUAUCCCGGCUCCUGCUCACAUUGUAGCUACAAUCGGCGCUCCUGGCCUACCAAUUGCGCCACUAUACCUCUGGCGCGACUUCUCCGGCCCCCUGGUCAACUCGGUCGACUCCGUCUCAAGUACCGAGUUCACAUGGCCUCCCAGCGCAGUGGAGCGUGCUCCUGUGCACUGGCGAGACUUCUUGCCCAGCAGCGAAGACGAGGAUGAGGAGAUGGAGGAGUCGGGCGAAGACGAGGAUGACAACGAUGACGAUGACGACGAGACCGACGAAGAGGACGAAGACAAAAAGGCCAAGGGCCCAGACAAGUAG